AGCGAAUCACCCCUUGCAUUUUGAAUUUGAAGACAUGUCUUCCAAUCUGGCAUCGCUGCCGACAGGCAAUACGAACUGACAAGUUCGUAAAACGAUCUACAGGCGGAAAUAUUAACACAUUUUUUAUAUUUACCAUGGGAAAAGUGACAAAAACUAAAAUAUGUGAAAAAGGAGGCCUCGUUAACGCAAAAGAAAAAGCUUCUUUAUUUCAACAAGUACACAAAAAUCCAAAAGUUACUUAUAUAAAAAAGGCCACAAAAAAAAUUAGCGAAGGUUUCGAAAGUGCUACUUGCGGCUUGAAAAGAAGCGAUAAAACCGGUAAUCCACUAGCGAAAGAAAAGGGUAUUCCUCAGUUAAACCAUUCUCAAAAGGCAAACACCAAAAAAAAUACAGAAAAAAGCUUAAAACUAGAUACAGACAAAGAUGUUUUGACUUCCGAAAGUGAAUCUGAUUCUGAGGUUGUCAUUUCAAACCCAAAUGAACUUACAAAUUUGAAGGAAAAACAUUUUAGAGGAACUGAACAUUCUGUUUUCGUAGGUAAUUUGCCUAAAGCCACGAAAAAAUCUGCAGUAAAACAAAUAUUUAAACCUUUUGGUAAAAUAUUAACCGUGCGAUUUCGAUCAUUGGAUGGUGAAGUACUGUUAAAAAAAAAAGAUCGUGAAACGGCAAAAGCGUUAAACUGUUAUGUUCGCUUUGAAACUAAGGAAGAGGCACAAGCAGCUUGUACCAUGAAUGGACACAACUUUGAGGGCCAUCAUCUUAGAGUGUCAUUACAAUCACAAAAACAACUAGGACACCACACUUCAACAGUUUUUGUUGGAAAUAUACACCGUGAUACUACUGAUAAUGAGUUAUACGAUUUCUUUAGCAAGGUCGGUGACAUCGAGUAUGUACGACAGAUUUCUGGAAAAUACAUUGGUUAUGUGUGUUUCAAAAAAGGUGUUUCCAUUGCAAAAGCCCUAAAACUCAACCAACAACUGCUGAACGGACGCCCACUCCGGAUCAUGAAGGUUGAUCAACGCCAUCAAAACACAAGAAGAAAUAAAAAAGGCAAUCUACUGAAGAAAAACGUGGUAGCCACAGGUGACAUGACGCCUGGCAAAAUUGAUGAUCGUAUGCUUUCGAAAAACAAAUCGAUGGAUGGUUUUCGCGGAAAUCUUGCGAAAGCCAAGAGAGGCCCGAAGCAGGUGACGAAAACUAAUGCUGAGCGUAAGAAAAAAAUGCUAGCCAUGAAGUUAACCGGAAACGGCAGAGGGAAAUCGAAAAGAACUUUAUAUUGAAUAACAUAGUGUUUAUAUUACUACAGUGAAAUAAAAGAAUUGCAUUACUUCGAUUAGUCAAA